AUGUUAUGUAAAAAAUUCCUAAAUCAACUUUCAUAUUGCAGUUUAUUCUACCCUAAAUAUAGAAAUUUAUUUUAUCUCCCAAAGGCUCGAAAAAUGAGUACAGUUGUAACUAAUGCUUCUGAAGAGCAGGAUUCCAGGCAUUAUUACCUUAAUAGGCUUGAAACUGUAGAACAAUGGCGUAAAAAUGGCACUGCGUAUCCUCACAAAUUUCAUGUGAAUAUGUCGUUGAAGGAAUUUGUUGGUAAAUAUGACCACCUUGAGGCAGGAGCACAUUUGGAGAAUGAACUGGUUUCAAUAGCUGGAAGAGUCUCCAGAAUAGCUUCAAGUUCCUCAAAAUUACGUUUCCUCGAUAUUAAAUCUGAAGGAACUAAGCUCCAAGUGUUUGCAAACUUUGCUAACCAUGAUGCCUCAACUGGCGAUUUCAAUGACACGUACAAUAAUAUUAAACGUGGUGAUAUUAUAGGAUUAACGGGUUUCCCAGGUAAAUCAAAGAGGGGAGAGUUGAGUGUAUUCCCCAAGAGUGUACAGAUAUUAUCACCCUGUUUGCACAUGUUGCCAGAUAAAUUUGGUCUUAAAGAUAAUGAUGUGAGAUUCAGACAAAGAUACUUAGAUCUCAUGAUGAAUGACGAUAGUCUCAAAGUCAUGAAACUCAGAUCUCGGAUAAUUGAUUAUUUGAGGAAGUUUUUGACGAGUAGAGGCUUUUUUGAGGUUGAAACUCCAAUGCUAAAGACUACCUCAACUGGUGCCUCAGCUAAGCCUUUUAUAACACAUCAUAAUGAGCUUGACCUGGACCUCUUCAUGAGAAUUGCACCUGAACUCCCACUCAAACUUAUCAUCAUCGGCGGAUUCGAAAAGGUGUUUGAAAUCGGCAAGUGCUUCCGAAACGAAGGGAUUGAUCCCACACAUAACCCGGAAUUCACCUCCUGUGAAUUCUACUGGGCCUACGCCGAUUACCAUGACCUCAUGAAACUGACCGAAGAAUUUCUCUCAUCGUUGGUAUUUGAAUUGUUUGGAAAGUAUGAAGUAUUGUAUCAUCCGGACGGGCCUGAUACUGAAGGUGUUGUUAUUGACUUCACUCCUCCAUUUAACAAAGUGUCAAUGGUUGAAGAACUGGAGAAUAAGAUGAAGAUGAAGUUAAGCCCACCAUAUGAUUCACAAGAGAAUGUGGAAAAGUACUUAACAGCAAUAAAAGAAGCUGGAUUGGAUAUGCCAAAGCCGCCGGUACCGGCAAAACUCAUAGAUCAACUUGUUGGACACUAUAUUGAGGAUCAAAUUGUUAAACCAACUUUCAUCGUUGAUUUUCCACAAUGUACUUCUCCACUCUCCAAAUGGCAUAGAAGUAAGGAGAAUGUAUGUGAGAGGUUUGAGUUGUUUAUAUGCGGAAAGGAAUUAAUUAAUUCAUACACUGAAUUGAAUGACCCAAUCACUCAAAGAGAUUGCUUCAAACAACAACAAAAGGCGAAAGAUUUGGGAGAUGAUGAAGCACAACCACCGGAUGAAGCGUUUUGUACAGCCUUGGAAUACGGAUUACCGCCAACGGCUGGAUGGGGAAUAGGAAUUGACAGACUCACGAUGUUUUUAGCAGAUAAAAAUAAUAUCAAAGAAGUUAUCUUCUUCCCCACCAUGAGACCAUUAAAUGAUCCAACUCAUAAAUAA